AUGGACUUCCAGGCGUAUUAUAAACUUGAUGGAGGGGGGGGAGGAGGCUACUCUAUGAACACGAGCUUUUGUACGACAACCGACGAUGGACAUCUUCGGGAAACUGUGCAGCGAGAAGAGUCCUUGAAAGAGCGAGUCCAUGCACUGCAGAAGAUCACCGACAGUGAGGAUGAGAAGGAGAAGGCACAGCUCAGUCAGUGGCAGCAGGAGCUGGAUGACCUGCAGAGACAGUACUGGAAUCAGAUGCAAUUGCUCGCGAUUCAUGAAUCCUCACUCCCAACCGACCUGAGAAGGAUGUAUGGUUCGGUGCGAAAGAAGAAUCCCAAGUGGUAUCUCAAUAGCGAGUUGAAUGUCGACUGCGCAAGGCGAGGAGGGUGCUGUGGCCGGGACUGUGGCUGCUGCGCAAAGCGAGAGCCAACAGCCAACCGAACGAGAGGAAUUGGCCACUGUUCGGUCAACUGUGGAUGUUGCUCGCAUAUCCGGGGGUUUGAUCUGACGGUGGAAGAGAUGGAAAACGUGCACCAACAGCUCGACAAGACCCUGAAAGGCUCAAAUCCCAACCAUCUCAUUGCUAUGACUAGCGGCCUUUUUCCUGCAGCUCCAGUAUCGCCUCCCAAGUCUAAGCCUCGGCGUCAACCUCAAUCCAAAUCCUCGAUGUGGAAGCGAGUGGGACAUAUGCUGAAGCGUUGA